GCGCCAUCUUUCGGUAAUUUCAGACGAAGUCACGUGUGGUCAUAGCCGAGUAGGUUCCUGUGUGGGAAAGCAGGAAUAGUUUCCUAGUUUGCGAGAUGAACUCAACAAAUUAUACCAGCGACGGUUUGCUCAGCGAUGACAAGAUGAAUGUAAUUGCCACGAUCAAUGUGAUCACAUCAUCACUGAGUGCCCUUGGUGCGGGAUCAAUUAUUCUAUGCUCAGUCUUUCACAGGAAGAUAUGUUUCUCUGAGGUGUAUCCAAUCUUCCAGCUGUCUAUAGCGGAUUUGCUGGCGUCACUGUUCUUCCUCUCCAGCACCAUCAUGUUCCUGAACAACGUCCAAAACUACCCUGGCGGCUGUGGCCCCUGUGAUUACAUCACGGCGGUCAUGACGAGUUUCUACAUCAGCACACUGUUCUUGACUCUCUCGUAUGCUCUGGAGGCUUUUCUGAGGGUCAGGAAACGCCUCCACAAUGGAUUCAUCAGUUCCUCCAGAGAACAGCAGAGAACAGUUGUGAGCUAUAGUUUCAUGCAUCUCAUCUAUGCUGUGGCUUGGUUGGUGCCGCUAGCAGGUGGGAUUGUUCUGCUGACACCUACCACCUCCUCUGGAAACACCCAACCUAAGGAUGCUGAGUGUUCCACAUGUUUGCCGGUCUUCCACUACACUCAAGAUAAUCCUUGCUGGUCGCAUGUGGUGAACGGCACAUCUUGGCAUCUUGCAUACAAGCUGGUGUUCCUCAUCCCUCUAAUUGCAGUCUUCUUCUCCAACAUUUUCCUGUACCUGUGCAUCGCCCGAGCCUUCAAGCAGGUGUCCAUGCGGAGAGGUCUGUACACCUUCCACCAGCGUCAGGAGGAGUCCACUGUGAGGAGGAAAGCAGUGCUGUACCAGUCAGCUUUCCUGUGUUGCUGGCUACCCACUCUCAUCCUAGGAAUCAUAUCCUUCCAGUCAGACUUCGCCAUGAGACGCUACUUCUGGCUGUACGUGCUGCAGGCGUUGCUGGGACCGCUCCAGGGAUUCUUGAACUGCAUCAUCUAUGGCUGGAAGAGGGAACAGUUCCGUCGUGCGCUGUCCGAGAACUCCAGCCUGACUAGCACCAACAUGCCGUCCUACCUUUCCCUCACGUUAUGACAGAUCCUGCUCACAUGAAUAAACAUACCUGCAUGUCGUCACCGGCUUCUUUCCCUCACGUUAUGACAGAUCCUGCUCACGUGAAUACACAUACCUGCAUGUCGUCACCAGGCUUCUCUCCCUCACGUUAUGACAGAUCCUGCUCACAUGAAUAAACAAACCUGCAUGUCGUCACCGGCUUCUUUCCCUCACGUUAUGACAGAUCCUGCUCACGUGAAUACACAUACCUGCAUGUCGUCACCAGGCUUCUCUCCCUCACGUUAUGACAGAUCCUGCUCACGUGAAUACACAUACCUGCAUGUCGUCACCAGGCUUCUCUCCCUCACGUUAUGACAGAUCCUGCUCACGUGAAUACACAUACCUGCAUGUCGUCACCGGCUUCUUUCCCUCACGUUAUGAUGGAGCCUGUCUACGUGUUGUCAGAAUAGACACAAAUGCAGGAUGGGAUCAUGAAGUGGCGGAUCCAGAGGGGGGAUGGGGGGACCCCUUUUUGAAGUGAAAAUAAAAUCCCACCAAGAUAACAUCCUGAUUUGGUUGUUUAAGUAACAUUCACAAUGAUUUACUUUUUGAUUGGUAUCUAGAAGUUGGUGAGUAAUUAGGAAAACGUACAACUUUGUGGAUAAUAACUUUUGGUUUAUUGCAUACUGCAACCUUUUUUAUGCAGAUUCUUACACCGCAUCUACAUCGAAAUAUCACCAUGUGCAAUCAACCAGAAGUUAUUAUCCGUAAACAGAGCUCCAGAUAAGCUGCGUAUCUGCGUAAAAUACGCAUCAGAAAUGCAGAAAUAUGCAGUAAAAUAAAAUCCAAGCGUAUCAAAUAUGCAACGAACAUUACAGAUACGCUACAAAAAUAAAA